AUGGGCUCUAUUGAAAAGACUAUUAAGAAUUUAGGGACUGAAAGACAUCACCGAGAGCUUCUUGAUGGAUGUGCACUUAAAACUCUUGGAUGCUUCGGACUCACAGAGAUGGGUCAUGGAUCUAAUGUUAGAGGCAUUGAAAUCACUGCUACAUAUGACAAGAUGACUAAAGAGUUUAUAUUAAACUCUCCGACAAAGACCGCUAUUAAAUUUUGGAUAGGGGCUUUAGCCAAAAGUGCUCAUAAUGCUGUGAUCUUUGCCCAACUCUACGUUAAUGAGAAUGGAGAAAAAGUGAGGAAAGGAGUUCAUGCUUUCGUUCUUCCAAUCAGAGAUAGGAUAACCCAUACUCCCUUCCCAGGAAUCGAAAUUGCUGACUGAGGACACAAGAAGGGCCUUAAUGGAAUUGACAAUGGCUGGAUAAAGUUUGAAGAUUAUAGAAUUUCAAGGGAAUCACUCCUCAACAAAUUUUCUGAUGGAACUGAGGAUGGUCAAUAUAAAACUACAAUUGAAAGUGAAGGAAAAAGAUUUGGCAAUUCUAUGGCUAGCUUAUCUGGAGGAAGAGUCUUUAUCUCAAGACUAUCUUCAGAAUAUAGACUUCAAGCACUCAUGAAGAUGUGGAGUGUGAAUCUUCCAAAAUUAUUAGAUGAAGAUAAUCCACAGACAGAAGUUUGUCAUGCUCUAUCUUCAAGUAUGAAAGCUUUUAUCUCUUGGUCUUCUCAAAGCACAAUCGAUGAAACUCGUAAAGCUUGUGGAGGACAUGGAUAUUCUUACUAUGCAUUAUUUAGUGGUCUUUUGAAUUAUAAUGAUUUGCAUGCAACUUGGGAAUGAGACAGUCAUGUCUUAGCGAUGCAAAACCAAAAAAUUAUUUUGAAUGGAAUUAGAAAAGCUGCUAAAGGAAAGAAACUACCAGAGGCUCUUGAAUAUCUUUCACUAAACCAGACUACCCACCCAACCUUCACCGGAAAUUUUGAAAACAUUGAUGAACUAUUAAAACUAUUUGCUCAAAGAGCUUCAUUCCUCGCAAACAAAGCAGCCAAAACUCUCAGCGAAUACGAAGAAGGUGGCGACCAAGGAUUCCUCGAUCUCCAAUCUUUCAUUUUCAAAGAUAUGUCCUUCGCCUAUCAUGACAAUUACUGCCUCUCUACCUUCACCUCCUUCCUCCAUACCAUCUCAGACACCUCUGUCCACAAAAUUUUCUCCAAACUGCUCCUCCUAAACUUCUACACUAAAAUGAACACCAACAGUAGCUUCUUCAUCCCUGCUCUUGGUCGAGACUCUUACUCCAAACUCAAAAAACUGAUCAACAAGUCCCUAAAAUCUCUUCGCAAGGACAUACCCCUCCCCUGUGUAAUCCUCCUGACCCAAAUCCUACCUUUCCCUGAGCGAGCAAUGGGAGCUCUCGGUCAUGAUGACCUCCAAGUCUAUGACAGAUAUUUGCAGUAUAUAAAUGCAUGUAAAGGGGUGACAGAGAGAGCGGAGUGGUGGAGAUUGGCCUAUACUAAUGCAGAUGGGGGAAAGAGUUGUUAA